AUGCGGGCGAAAGGCGUACUGUCCACGUCUAAGGAUCCUCACAACAAAGACGCCGAAAUGAACGCAUACAUUUCGGCGUUCGAUGAGGAAUUGUUUCAGGACGUGUUGCGAUUGUAUAAAUUAGGGGUUAGUUUUUACAAACAUGUCCGCGAUUGAAUUUUGCACUUUUCCAGAAGGAAUACCCCAAAACGAAUGGCUGUUGGAGAUUCAACUUCACCGCAAUGCGUGCUCAGCCGGAGGCAACGCGAGUUCUGCUGAAAGCCUACGUGGACCAAUUCGAUACGACGCUCUCGCCUAAAGCCCCGACAAUGACUAACUCCGACUUCGCAAAGAUUCGUUUUUCAGCAUGACAAUCGGCCGAUUAUGACGUUCAUGAUUGUCAUGUUACGUGUUUAUGAAGGCCCGCAAUCUUAUUCAUUCCAAAAUAACACUUUAAAAUUGUCGAGUUCACUAACAAUUUUGCAUUACUUGAAAAUUACUUCAGAUAAUUUUUAAUUUCAGAAACAAAUUUCAAUUUAUAGUUUUUUCCGGAAAUUUUCAAAAAAUUGCAAGAUUUUUCGACAUUUCAAAAGCUUCUAUUUUUUUUUUCGUUAAAUGAGAUAUUAUGAAAUUAGUUUUAAAAGCCUGCAAGUUUUGUUUAACUCAAAAACGUAAUCUUUGGAAGUGUCAGAAAUUUUUGUAAUCGUUCGAAAUUCAAAAAAACUCUGGCGUAUUUUGUUAAAUACUUCAUUGCCUUUUUUUUCCAGAGAAUGGCUGUUUUCAACUUUGUGAAAAUCGAGAACGACCACGUCAAGUGCGAGAGCUGCACAGCCACUCUAGACAGUCGCGGCACGGCAGGCGUAGUGCGCCACAGGGUGCUGCGGCACAUCCGCAGCACGGCGCACCGGGCCUUGAACGAAGUCCACAGAGUAACUUCAUCGUUUUCGUAGCAUUGCUACAGGACAUUUUUAGAUAAAGCUGGAUGGUAACGAUUGGUUUACGACGCCGGCUCGGACGAAAGAAACCUGGCAGCCGUGGCCGAGCAAUUGGUCACGGCUUCCAGGUGCUCUAUCUGCUAUUUGACUAUAUGUGAGUGAAAUGACGGAAAACUAAUUAGGAUGAGUUUUUUUUUCAGUACCAGUCACGUUUCUAGAGCCCUGUGGCCACGUCUUGUGUGAAGAGUGCCACAGGCGCCUGCAGGCCGUCAGCAACGCCUGCCCGGUCUGCAGGCGCAUUUUCAAUGGCGUUUCGACCAACCGCGUCAUUAACC